AUGAACAAUUUCCCCAUCCAGAAAGGGUUGAGCACUACAUUGCAAAUCCGUGCACAUAAUGGGAGGAAAACUCUAUUCAGGACGGACGGCAAAGGAACUCUCCCAGGACAAGCUAGAAUAAGGCUCGAAGAUCCAGGUUCUGGGGCAUAUGUAAGAAAAUCGCAUCUCGUGGGCGAGCUAGAUGCACUGGUACCCUAUUUGAAAUUUACUACUACGCCGCCUAUUUCUGACAUACAUCCACUCCAUGAGGAAGCAACAAGAGGUCGGACCGUGAUUCUGACGGAGGAUCCGGGUCUUCACUUGGUCUGGUACUAUGAUAAGAUGCUAAUUAAACCAAUACCUCCAUACCUUUUAGAAGCUGCGUUCUGGGAGUACAUACAGGAAGCUGACCUGCAAGUUUACAAGGCGGUGGCAGGCUUCAUGAAGACAUACUACCAUCUUAUCCAGUACGAAUCGGAUUUCCGCUCGGCUACUAGGUCUGAUGUGGUCCUGAUCUCGAGAGAGCCGGGAGAUCAUCCUAUCACCUACGAGGAGUUUGUCGAGUUCAUAGCUCAGUUUCAGCAACCUGAUGAUAAAGAUGUUUCUCCAAGGUUUUCUUACGGUGUUUUGAGACUCGGCACUCUGAAUCAUCUCACGAGACUCUCUAUGCACGGGAUGAGCUAUCGUUACUUUCAUCUGCACCCACGGUGGGGAGAUUACCUAAGGAGUCUGGUCACGCCUUUGAUUACGCUCUUUGCGAUUGUUUCGACAGUCUUAAGUUGUAUGCAAGUUGUACUUACAGCUCAGGGAUUGGAUGGAGUAGAAAGCUGGUCAUCUUUUAUUGUUUCAUCCAUUCGCUUUUCAUUGGCUACGAUUGUAUUGGUGGAGAUGGUUGCUCUGGGGAUUGUGCUUCUUGUUAUUUUAAGGGCUGUUGCAACUUGGACUUCUUUGCUGUAG